AUCUCAGCUGACAUAGGGCGAUAGGCGAGGUAAGCCCUGGACAGUUCACCAGUCCAUCACAGGGCCACAAAGAGAGACAAACAACCAUUCACUCUCACCUAUGGUCAAUUUAGGGUUUCCAAUUGUUCAAUCCCCAUACUGCAUGUUUUUGGACUGUGGUAGGAAGCCGGUGAGCCUGGAGAAAACCCCACACACACACGGGGAGAACAUGCAAACUUCAUGCAGAAAGGCCCUCGUUCCCCCCGGUUUGCGAACCCAAGUCUUCUUGUUGCAAAGGCAGGAGUGCUCACCACCAUCUCUUCGUCGGCUGUUGUCAUCAUAAAUGUGAAGAUGGUGGAUAGAUGUUGUGCCAAAAAACAGUGGUAACAUUGUAAUUUACACUACACUGCCUGUUACUAAUGCAAACGUCACGCUAUAACACGACUCUUACCCUUCCAGAUUGCAUCCUUUUGUUUCCCUCCAGCCUCUUGUAAACGUUCAGUGACUCCCUGGAGUAAGAUGAAUGGAAGUUAAUGAGGAAGAUGUCAGGAUACUGCAGCAGGCAGCAGCAGUCUCUCCUCAUCCCUCCUUGUCUUUACAUCUCCUCGCCUCCACUCCUAAUCUGCUCUGUAUUUUUUCCUCUUUCCUUCCCCUUUUUCAUCUCUCUUUUUUUUAUAAAUAAGGAAACAUUGGAGAAAUCCAUAUUCUCUCAGGCUGGAUUCACUCGUUUGCACCAGUGGAUGGACUUUAUUCCCCAGCAAGAACAGUGACAUCUUGAAAACACACUCACACACUCUGCUGCCUGCACCUCCUGAAGCAUUCGUGGGGAUGGAUCAGCGAGGAGGUGCAGGAGGAGGGACGGAGAACCCCGUCCUCCAGGUCAGUGUCAGCCCAGAGCGGCAAGAGCGGCAGGACCAGAGCCCCAUCUCUGGCAGUGGCCCGCCGCCACCCUGCAAGCUGAGCCGCGCGGAGGUCAACGGCAGCCCGGCAAACCCACAGAGCCGACAGAACGGCACGCCACUGACAACAAUGGGAGGUUUGAUGAUCCCAAUCUACUGUGUGGUGGAGCACAGUGACGCCGGAGCCACGGGGAACUUUGACGGACACGGCGACUGUCACGCCGAGUUUGUGUUGGUGCGCAGGGACGUCCUCUUCACUCAGCUGGUGGAGACGGUGCUGGUCGCUCUCGGGUAUUCGCAUAGCUUGGCUGUACAGGCACACGGUAUCAUUAAAGUGGGCCGUUGGAAGCCGAUGCCCAUCCACUAUCUCACAGACGCGCCAGAGGCAACGGUGGCUGACAUGCUGCUGGACGUUUAUCACAUGGUCACACUGCGCAUCAUGCUGCACAGCUUCGCGCGGCUGGAGGAGCUGCCGUCAGAGCAGUGGACCCAUGCCACAGUGAGGAACGCCCUCAAAGAGCUGCUGCGAGAGACCAACCAGAGCGCUCUGGCUAAAGAGUGUCCUCUCUCCCAGAGUAUGAUUUCAGCGAUAGUGAACAGCUCCUACUACGCCAACGUCUCCACCUCAAAAUGCCAAGAGUUCGGACGCUGGUACAAGAGAUACAAACGCAUCAAAGGUGAAUACAUUGAGAAGAUGUGGAGCGCACAGGACAAGUCGGAUAUAAAAGUGGAGAGGGAUUUAGACCUGGGCAUCAUCAGCCAUCGUCCUCCCGCUCUCUUACCCUCCGCUGCACAUCUGGCCACCAUUGGUGGCCCUGGAGCUCUGCCAAUCAAGAGUGGCCUUGGGGACACCCCCACGCCCACCCAGCCUCACGGUCUGCCUCACCCAGCGGGCCAGCACCACCCCAGUCCUCCACUGCGUCCCCAGGCUCCACCGCUCCUGGGCCACAGCAGCCUUCUGUCCCCUCAGCUCGUCCGCCAGCAGCUCGCCAUGGCCCACCUCAUCAACCAUCAGCUUGCCGUCAGCCGCUUACUCGCCCACCAGCAGCACCCACAAGGAGUCAACCAGCAGUUCCUCAACCACCCACCCAUCGCAAGGGUCUGCAAAGGCCCCGGGGGAGUGACUGAGUCUGGCCUCAACUGCUCAGGGGCCGAAGUCUCACCAGACAUUUACCAGCAUGUCAGGAACGAGCUGAAGAGGGCCAGCGUUUCUCAAGCAGUGUUUGCCCGCGUGGCUUUUAACCGCACGCAGGGGUUACUUUCAGAGAUCCUUCGUAAGGAGGAGGACCCUCGCUCUGCCUCUCAGUCACUGUUGGUCAACCUGAAGGCCAUGCAGAACUUCCUCAACCUGCCCGAGGGCGAGCGUGACCGCAUCUACCAGGAGGAGAGAGAGAGGAGCACCAACACGAACCACAACCACACCACCAACCACAUCUCCACCCCUAUCCCACACAGACACACACAGGUACCAUAUACACACACACACACACACACACACACACACACUCUGGCCUCAUACUCAAACCCCAAACAUCACCUCAAACAAAAUAUAGAAUUAAUGACAUUUCCCGUUGUUUCCCUCUGUAUGCAGAUAAAGUGCAGCGUUUCCAGUGCAGAGCUGCCGCUGAAGCUCGACUCGCUGAUGAACAUCACGUCAGGGAUCUACGAUGAGAUCCAGCAGGAGAUGAAGAGGGCGAAGGUCUCGCAGGCUCUGUUCGCCAAAGUGGCUGCCAAUAAAAGCCAGGGUUGGCUGUGUGAGCUGCUCAGGUGGAAGGAGAGCCCGAGCCCCGACAACCGCACGCUGUGGGAGAACCUGUGCACCAUCAGACGCUUCCUGGCGCUAACGCAGUCCGAUCGCGACCACGUCUACGAGGAGGAGUCGAGGCAGCAGCACAGCGACAGAGUUCACAACGUUCUCCACAUUCCCGACCAGCAGGCUCUCCACAGACAGCCCCUCCCACCGCUGACCUCCCCAUCUCCAGUCCAUGAAGAACCACAGCCCGUCCUGCUGCCGGCACUGCACGGCUCAGAGGAGACGCCCCAGCGCGGGAUGAGUCCAGGCCUCGGAGGACAGAAGAAAGCCCGCUCCCGGACACGGAUCUCUCUGGAAGCGCUGGGAAUCCUGCAGAGCUUCAUCGGCGACGUGGGCCUCUACCCCGACCAGGAGGCCAUCCACACCCUGUCGGCUCAGCUGGACCUGCCCAAGCACACCAUCGUCAAGUUCUUCCAGAACCAGCGCUACAACGUCAAGCACCACAGCCAGUCCAGAGAGUCCGUCCCCGAGGACGACGGCGACAGCUUGAGUCCCAGCGAGGGAGGCAUGAACGCGGUGGAGCAGAGCAGAGCGGAGGACGCGUUCUCCGCGUCCGAGGAGUCCAGCGAUGACGGCAGAGGAUCAGUGGUGUUCAGAACAGAGGGAGGAGAUGACCGAGAGGUGGAGAUGGAGCUGGAGAAGGAAGAGGCGGAUGACGGGAAAGCCUCAGGUCCUGCGACGUCCUCGCUGUCCCCCUACAGCAGCCUGGACAGUCCACACUCUGCAGAGCAGCAGAGAUAACAGCAGAGGACACACACACAAACAGCUGUGAAGCACACACACACACACACACACACAUGCUCUGUACCAGAGCUGAUCAGAGCUCAGUGAUAUCUGGACGACUACAUUUGAAGGAUAAUAUCAGUGUUUUUUUUAUAUUUUAUAACAUUGAUGUAAAGAUACUGUACGUACUGUAUCUUUACAUACACCGAUGCUUAAAUUUCCACUUCUCUCUAAAGUUGAGGAUUUGCUCCUCUGAGAGCUUUAAGCUUGCGGUACACGUACUGUAAGUUACAUGUACACGACUUCAGGAGAGAGGGAGAGAGAGGGAAAACAGUUCAAGGACGUUUCACUGAAGCCGUGGUGGAAGAUCCUUUCGGAUAUUUAAAAUAAAUAAAUGAAGACACAUCGACUUACUGUACGUACAGUGGCUGUUUAGCAGCAGCAGCCGCCGCUCGUGUAAAGAGGUAAAGAGUCACUCAACUCGACAAAGCCAGUUUUCUACUCUACUUGUGUUUUUUCUAUCGUGCCAUUUAUUGUCGUGCUUUGAUGCUUCGAGCGUUUCCUACAUGGACUCUUACUGACAAUAAACCAGCUCCAUUGUAUUAAUAUUUAUUGCCACCUUUGUAUUCAGGAAAUCAAAAGUAUUAUCGCUGUCAUGGGUUUGUGGUCUUUGUAAAUGUGACGAGAGAGGAAAAGUCUGAGCUUUGAAAUCACAGACUUUUUAUUUGCUAUUUCUGGAUCAAUGUGUCGAUUCAUGAACAUGAAAUUUCAAAAGUGAAAAAACAUGGACAAAAACAGUGAUUCUUAUUUAUAUUUAAACUUGAGAGUGAAUUUAAAUCAUGAAAUCAUAUUUCAGUUGCGACAAAUGCAACAGUAAAAAUCAUUUCCGUAUCAAUUCCCUGAAUCGUAUCGAUCCAGAUCAUAUCACGAGAGACUGUGUGAUAUUGGCAAAUCGCCCAAUAGUCGACUCUGAAGCUGUCUAUUUACACUCGAUAUGUAAACGCUGACAAUCUGUCGUCAUGGAUGCAAAUUACUGUCAACAUUGUUUGUUUUUUUUAAAUCAUUUUGUGCCACAAAGGAACAGGGUAGGAAAUGUAUUUCCUUUCCCAGUGUGUGCGGCCCUGGACGAGAGCACACAAGCUUUUUAUUUGUUCCACUUUGACAAUUUAACUCUCUGUUUUGUUUCAGGACAAGAAAAUCUGAUAAAACCUUUUCAAAUUAU